CCGUAAUCGGCGCACCCCGCAUGUUCACGCGUCACCGCGUGCGCUUCCCACCUCGCACCAGACCUCAAUGGCAUCCGACCCCGCCAUCCCGAAUGGCGCCCCGCCCAAAGACUCCGCGAAAAAGCCCUCCAUGGAUCCCAAUGUCCUGGAGGUCGUUUUCGGCUCGCUGCUCAUUAAGCCGUGGUUCCCGUCUUUCUACCCCGAGGAGCUGGUCGGCCGGAAGGUGGAGAGGCUGUAUGUGUGCCAGUGGUGCUUUAAGUAUACCAAGGAACUCGUGCCGUUUCUGGGACAUCUGAAAGCAUGUCCGCUCCGUAACGCCCCGCCGCCAGGCGUCGUCAAAUACACCAAGGACAACAUAACACUCUACGAGCUCGACGGCGAAGAGCACAAGCUCUACGCGCAGAACCUCUCGCUCUUCGCUAAGCUCUUCCUCGACACCAAAUCCGUCUUCUACGACGUGACCACCUUCCUGUACUAUCUGCUCGUGCUCGAGCGGCCCUCGCCGGCGAUCGCAGGCACGCGGUCAGACAACGGCGCAGACGGAAGACAGGUCGUCGGCUUCUUCAGCAAGGAGAAGAUGAGCUGGGAUAACUACAAUCUGGCGUGUAUCUGCGUGUUUCCGCCGUGGCAGAAGCAGGGCUGGGGCCAGGUGUUGAUGGGCGCGAGCUAUGAGCUGGGCCGGCACGAGGGGAGGCUUGGUGGGCCUGAGAAACCAUUGUCCGAUCUAGGCCGCCUCGCCUACACGCACUUCUGGUCGCAGACCCUCGCGCGCACCAUCCUCGCCGUGCCGUCCAAGCGCACACUCACCGUCAACGAUUUGCGCGACGAAACGUACAUCACCGCCGACGACAUCAUCACUACGCUGCAAGCAAUGGAUGUGUUGGACCACAGGAAGAGGGGUGGCGCGGAGGCGGUGAUUAAUAAGGCGAGGGUGAAGGCGUGGGUGGAGAGGCAUGGGAUUGAUGUAGAGAAGAAUCCGGUGGAUCCCGAGGCUUUUAUUUGGGAGGAGAGCGAGGGGGAGGAAGAAGAAGAGGAGGAGGAGGAGGAAGAGGAAGAGGAAUGAUGGUGUAGGGCUGUGGGGAUCAGUGGGCAGGAAGAGGGAGGUGGGCUGGCGAAUUGGUUUGGCGUUCGGAGUCGUAUACCCUUGGUUUUGGGAUAGAUGGGCAAAUGGGAUGGUUUCACGCUCUCAAUCAACGAGCACGCGAUAGUGUGGCAUUCUAUCAUGCCAAAUAGCACAUAACAUAGCUUCGGCCUUCUGCAAGCAGAGCCUGUAGAGCAUAACCUAGGUGUCGAAGGUGUUACAACACGGAAGUUAACGUUUCUCUUAGAGCGCCGGUGGAGCCAUAUCCAACUUUAGACGGUAGAUGGGGUUCAAGAGAGAAAACUGAU